UUUUUUUUGGGGGGGGGGGGUGUAAACUUGCAAUUUUCUGUCUUGGAUUCGGCCUGGCGAAAUGUGGGUGAAUGUUAACGGGUUGAUUGUUCUUCAGCAAAGAGCACUUGGGUGGUUUGUUAGUGCUGGUGCUGCACCCGAGUUCAAACUUGACGUAGAGUCGGGUGUGGCGCUUCAUGGUCAACGGCCGCUCCCGUUUGGAUGUUUCGGAGGGACCGCUGUAGGCUGAAGUUAGCAAUUUACGUGCCUAAGAUGGGCAGUGGUAGGGUUCUUGUGGAGGCGUUUAGUUUGCUGCCUGGUGUUCAGAUCCCUUCGUGGGUUGUAGUACUCGUGUGAUCUCGCGUUGACGGGGUUGGAGGUUUGAGGUUGAGGCAGGAGGUUGGUGUUUUUGGAAGCAUCUCACUAGGUAGAUCAGGCUUGGGGACGAGUUGUCAAUAAUGGGAGCAGGAAUCUGGAGGACAAGUUGAUUCAUUGCUCGUUAUGGCGGUGGUUUUACGGAAACGAAGAACAACAGCGAGCUUAGGGUUUGGGAAUGCUGGAAUCAACUGCGCUGCGGCUGCAGGGCGAAUGUUGACGGUCGUCUAAGUGAGGUGGUUGAGACGCAAGGAUCGCCUGAGUUGAGUUGCGUUGGAGCAGUUCCAAGGGCCUUUUCUCAACUCAUUCGAGAUUUUUGAAAUCUGAAUUUUGGCCUUAGUGCAAUCUGGAUUCUGCGCGUCCUGAUCCUCAUAGGUAGAUCCGGGCUUUGUCAUGAGGAGAGAUGCACGGGAUCAAAGGGAAAUUUAAGGGGUUCCGUUCAAUUUGAGAAGAUGAGAAGUACCCAUAUUGGAUUUCCAACUUCCAACCUUCAGGUGUGGAGCUGUGAUAUGCGGGAGCUGUGCACAUGGAAGUGAUGUGGGGUGAACUUCUUUUACGGCAGUUCACAGGACUGGGGAUAGUCUAUGAUUUUAAUUAACCUAGACGCCUAGAUCAGAGAACUUGAUAUCGUUGAGCAAGAGGAUUUGGGCAUUCUGUUCUACUGUAGAAAUGUGAAGAAGCUCCGGCUACAUGGAGAUUUAGAACAAUGGGAGAUAGAGGAGGGAAUUCUGGUCGUGGGUGUAAGUGGCACCCAAGACAGCAAGGCGAAGGUGUCUGUGCACAAUGUUUACGAACGUCACUUGAGAAGCUCGCUGCGUACCAAGGCGAAUACCAGCAAGAGCCACUCGAUUCUUACACUGGAGCUUAUUCAUCAACUUCGAUAACAGACCUCUCACGAGAGAGAGACAACAAUGCGCAGAGCUAUCAACCUACAUACCCGAACGUGAGCUAUCGAACUCGUAGUAAAAAGGAAUCUAAGCCCAAAGGAUCUUUUUCUGCGCAAGAUGGAAGCGCAUCUGAUGCUCGGAAGCUGAAAGAUGCUGCGGGGUCGAAAGGCAGGCUAACUUGGGGAGGUGCCGUGCACCGGAUAUCAUCGCUCCGAAGUGCAUUCACCUCGUUGUGGAAGUCAGACAGGCAGCCGGAAGAGAAGAGGAAGAUUGAUGAGAAGAAGGUUAGGGAGAAGCAGCACGGGAAACUCCAUGGGCUGAAGGGGACUGGAGAUGGGAGAAAAGAGAAAGCAUACGAGCUACAGAACGCAUCGCAUAGUGAACCUGGACGAGUUAAUGGGGAAUUGAAGCGGAACUCAAUCAGCGGUGGGAAGAUCACGCCUGGAUCGGCUUCCUCGUUGUUAGUGUCAAAAUUCACUCACACAUCGAGUUCCACGGAAGUCCCGCAGACUCGGUGGCGGAGGAGUAAGAGCACUCGGGAGGCAAAGAGUGAUCCACAAGUGCAAACCGGCAUAGAUCAUGGCCCUCGAACUCCAGAUGGUAACCUCGCCCAGGGCGCUCCUUCUCCAAUCCAACCUGUGCCGCACCCGAGCAGCAAGUCAUCACCGUGGAGGUUUUUCUCGCGGUCCGGUAGCCGGCGUAGACCCCUCAGGGGAUUUAAAGUGGACACACCCAAAACAACGCCCAAAAACUCUACCGCGUUGGACAGUAGGCAAAACCUUGGGAUGAGUAAUCCUAUGUCACGUGGCUUCUCACCGAAACCGGAAGCGCCAGUCUCUACCUCCAAGUCGACAUUGUCUUCUCCUUCUGUGGCGAAGCCGGAUCCGCAGUCCCAAACUACCAUCGGUAGUAAGAGCAAUUCAUGGUCAAGGUCAUUGUCUCCUUCUAGCAGUAAGCCUAGUCCACUGUACCUGGCGCCCCAGACGAUGGGCGAGAUCAAGGGAGACAGUCUGUCACGUGAUUCGAUAGAUACGCUGGAGUUCUCCGAUCAGUCCAAAGCAGCAGAUGUGCACGGCCAGAGAGGGACCAGAUGCUCUCUAGACGGUGGGCUGGAUUCUGUUUCACCUCGCUCCUUUGAAGGGAGUGCACCCAGAUCGAAUUCUUUCCUUGGGGAAACUGUUGCUGCCCAGAGCAAGGCAGACAGGUCGUCGAUCAUGUCAGUGACGCACAAAGUGGACUGGCCGCGCGUCAUGCCUGUGCAGUCUGCUUCCAAGAGCCCCUUGUACAAGCGACCGGAGAUCCCGCGUAAUCCAGGUUCUGAUAUCUUGAAGCUUGGCGCUGAGGUGCCUCGUCACAUGACUGGCAGAGGGAAGGCAAGCGUGGCAAGCUAGGAGGCAACGCAUGAGGCCGCACCUUGCUCACGGUUGUGCGUUUCACUGGAUGGCUGGUUUUAGGUUCACCCUUGGACGAUUCUGAGCCUCUCCGACGAGUGCAUCCCGUGGCAUCUUUUCAUUGAAUCUGCAGGCAGAAUGCAUUAGUUGUCACUGCCAUGCUCACGGUGGUCCCAUGUGGAUGGCAACAAAAAUACCCUUACACUGGCGGUACUCUUGCUUGAACUUGCUCCGAGGGCCUGAUGAAACUAGACUUCGGCGCGGAAUUGACACUGCAGCUGCGCAGAGCCAUCAAAGCAGAGCUUCGUUCUGAAAUUGGUGAUUAGCGUUGUGGAGGAGUUUUCUGCCUUUUAGAUGCAUGACAGCGUGCUCUUGGAAUACAAGCAUGGCCGUUGAGUAACUCUGGUUUAGAUAUUAAUGUCGUUCUCUCAUUCCAGGCAGAUCAUAGGGUUAGAGCAAAGCCUGGAGCCAAGGUUAUGCUGGCGAUACUCUAUAGUUGUAAUGCUAUAUUGUAGUGGGCGUCUGCUUUGUGGCUUGUCGAGUUGUUUUAUGUAGAAUUAAAUAGGGAGCUGAAUAGCCUAAAAAAGAUCACGUGACAUUGCGAGAAUCACCCGACUGGAGGCCUACAACGUGAGAUUUAUUAGUAGUGAGGGAUAAGUCUGUAUAAAUAUGUUGGGUGUUAUGCCUCUUGCCACCACACCGUCUCCUUUGUACAUUAUGGGUAAGAGGAGAGGAGAGGAGAGGUUAUUAGUGCAUGACAUUCUUUGGAGCGACGCCUCUACUGGGUUGGUUAUGCGGGUUUAGACGAACCUUCUGUUCAUAAUUUUGACUCGUGUAUCGAGUUUCUAGCAAACGAGCUGCACCGUCACGGUUGCGCCAGUUCAAUGUUAC